AUGGCGGCCACUGUGAAGAUAACGGAAACGGAAGCCCACGUAGGCUUCAUCCCCAGGGAUAUCAUGGCUAACAUUUUCAAAAGACUUUCGGUAAGAUCCUUAACUCGCCUUCGAUGUGUGUGCACACAUUGGAAAAAUCUGAUAAAUGAUCUCAUCAAGACUCCGUCUUUCAUCGAAGAUCACUUCAACUGUUCUCGCUGUCGAAAGCCUUUGCUUCUCCUUGAACAGUACCAUCGCAGAUUCCGAGGUAUCAGCCUCAGAGUGCUGGAUUGCGAUAUGCGAGUCCAAAAAGUUCAAAAAUUGCCUUCUACUCAUUCUCUUUAUGAUUUUAAGGUCUUGGGUUCCAGCAAUGGUUUGGUCUGUGUUAAAAUUGAGAAUGGUAUAAAUCCUCAUCCCAUUUUGAUAUGGAAUCCCGUGACUAGAGACAUCAGAGAGGUGCGCCCCAGAACUAUUGUUCAUUCUGACCUCAUUGCCGAGGUAGGAUUAGAGUUCUACAGAACUCACACUGAUCCUCGUGAGCUUGAUGACCGUUAUGGAUUUGGGUUCAGUCCUCUUGAUAAUGAUUACAAGAUAGUGAGAAUCAAUGAACAUAAUCAUUAUGAUAUCAAAGCCGUGGAAGUUUAUUCAUUGAAUUGCGGGUCAUGGAAGCACAUAGACGUGGGAGACGACCUAGAUGGAUUAGAGUUCUACAGAACUCACAUUGAUCCUCGUGAGCUUGAUGACCAUUAUGGAUUUGGGUUCAGUCCUCUUGAUAAUGAUUACAAGAUAGUGAGAAUUAAUGAAUAUAAUCAUUAUCAUAUCAAAGCCGUGGAAGUUUAUUCAUUGAAUUGCGGGUCAUGGAAGCACAUAGACGUUGGAGACGACCUAAGGGGCAUAUCAACAAGUGCUACAUAUAUCACUAUUAAUGGAGUUAUGUUUUGGGAUUUUACGUGGUGCGACGACGAGGAUCUAAUACUUCCAAUUGACCUAUUAAAGAAGGGAGUGUGUGAGUUCAUACCAUUGCCUCGCAUAUACGGUGGUUUUCGUCGUGCAAGCCUUAUUGAGUAUUAG